UCAUCACCGCCUACCGCCGUCGUAGAUUCAAUUCAAGAGAGUUUAGUGAAGCCAGAUGUUAGCGAUAAUCAAGCCCCUCAAAAUGUGGGAGGCUCGACUCCGAUCCGCAUCAUGUCCACAAUCACACCAACUCGCGAAACCACUCACCAACACCGACUCCCACCAGGAGUUCGAGUGGUUCGAGGGUCAUCGGCUGGUGGAGCAACGUCUGCUAUGCGCGUACAAAGUCAUCAGGUACGCACAGUCCUUGGUACAGGAGCCUCCCAUCCAGGACGCAUGGUCGGAUCUGCAUCUACUUCACCCACCGCGUCAGGUGGGGUCCGUAACGCGCCCAUCCGAACAGUAGUGGGUGCCGGUUCCGGCAUGCGUGUAAUGCAGCAAGGAGGACGAACCCUGAUUGCGGUACCCAGCGGCUCCCGUCUGGCUGCUACGCUUUCAUCUGUAGCUGCUCGAGCUGCUCCUGUUGAACUGUCGACAUCCGGCAGCUCUGGUCCUGCUAUCGCUGUUAUUGAUGUGGGUCGACCGAAAUCCAGCUCGAAACUUGAUGGAGUUUCCGACGAGACUAUGGAAACAUCCAUGCAUGGGGACUCCGACGACGUGCACAGUGGUAAUGAGAGCGCCAGUGGUGUGGUUGAGGGUAUCGAAAGCAUUUCAUCCGUAGAUGGCUCAACCACGUCAAACUCACCUCAACCAAGUGGUUCCGUCACUGUUUCACCUGAGACAAUGACAGACGAUAAGCGCAAAGCUGUGGAUGGACGUUUAACUUCAGCUGGCAUGGUUACGAGAAGAAUGACGCGUGGAGUAGUACCUUCUUCAGCGAUGAGUUUUGCGACGGAAACGGCAAGAAGUUCAGCAUGCAGCUCCUUCACGUCGAAGAGCAACAAAAAGGCCAACUGCCUCGACGAGCAUCAUUUCCGCGCGAAGAGAAUCCUCUUUCAAUUCACUGAACAGGCUCGACUAUCGCGGAGGCCGAUCGUUGUUCACUCGUCUGGAGAAGAAUUUCCGAUACCAUUAUCGCUCGAAGGGCACCCAAUGAAACUUGACGACGUGGCACCUGAAAACCCAAGGGAGGACAUACUGAGAGAUGAUGAUGGUAUCCCAUAUUGUUACCUUUGCCAUUCGGUGCUUAAAACAUGGCAAGGCUACGAAUAUCAUAUUAUGGCUGUACAUUUGAAGUAUCGACCGUACCGGUGUAUGUAUUGCAUGAAGGAGUUUUUCUACACUGAAGAAGAGGGAUUGAGUCAUGUGCGCUCUCAGCAUCACGGCAAGACCGUUACACUGUUGCGGGAGUACCAUGACGAUAAGGAAAAACAACUGGAAGAUGCGUUUUGCGCUCUUUUCCUCGCCGUUCGAGAAGGACCAAAUUUCACCAGUGAACGUGCUGCUGCAAUCGAGAGAGCUGCAUUUAUGCACCUUCAAAAAUUCAAGCGUAUGCGAAUGAAAGUGCCUGAGUUCGCAACGAGAGCGAAGUGCAUGCGUGAUUUUGCUUCACAAACGUUUGCUUCGAUGUCUUCUCCUCAUACAAUGGUCCCUUCCAUGAAGUUUAUGGCGGAACCACGGCAAACAUUUGAGCACUUGCAACACCAUCUUGAGCCAUUGCAACAGUCUCGAGUAUCUGCGAUGCCUAUGAAAUCAUGA